AUGUUCGAUGAAUAUGAACAACAAGAUGUUUUUUCUCACGGAAUUAAAAGUUCUGAAGAUUCAAUCAGCGGGCAACCGUCUACAGUUGCCACAACUCUCGCACCAGAGUUUUUAAAAAAAAAAGAAGAAUCAAAAUUAAAGAAUACAGAAGAAAAAAAUCCCGCAUGGGGACUGGGAAGAUUGGUUCCUAAAUUUGUUGAAACCGAAGAAAGAAAAAAGAAAAAUACUCCCAUGCAUUACGUUGCCGCUCACGAACAUUACGAGCAAGUUCUUAGGCUGGGGGAUUGCCACGUUCCUAGAGAAAAAGUAAUAAGAGUUCACGAAGUUCAUCCGGAUCCUUCAAAAUCUUAUUCUCCCUCAUGCACUAUACUUCAUCAAUGCGGGGAUGACACCGGUUGUUGUAGAGAUUUAAAACAAGAGUGCAAGCCAAAGAAUACAACCAAAGUGGAACUGUAUUUUUUCACGACGACUCUCGGAAAACCACAAACGGUUGAAAAACUUUAUUUUAUUAAUCACACAGAAUGCGAGUGCCAAAAAAGAACGGAUGAAAUUAUGCCGAGAGAUUCUGAAUUUCGGAGAAGUCAUCAUUUGAAAAAAUUUUUAACCACUAACGUAUUAAAAAAUAAUAAUAAUAAUUGCACGUGUCCGAGCAAAUACUCAACGAGACGUUUACACAAUGGCACGUGCGUCUGUGACUGUUUCGAUAAACAAGAUGAUUGUUUAAUUUUAAAAAAAGGCAAAGCUCAUUUUUCUUUUACCGACAAGUUAUGCAUAGAUAAAGGACUUUGCCUUGCGCCAUCAUGUGAAUUUGGAUAUUAUAUUAGAAAUUUCGGGCGUUGUCCGAGCAAAAGAGAAAGUAAUUACAACAGGUGGACGAGUACAAUUUCCUAUCGUCAAUUACUGACUUUAAAAUUGAAAUUUUUUGUUAAAAAUAAAAAUCGUCGAAAAAAAAAUUCAUACGAUAUGGAUUUAAUGUAA